UACACUAACACUAAAUCUCUCUACUAAAUGUAUCUAUACAUCCUAGUAUUAUCCAUACAUCCUAUUAGCUCACCAACUACCCAUGUUCCUCUUACUUGACUUGUCUCUGAUUUGAUUCAAGCUGACCAAUACUACUGUCCUAGGUAUUGCACCUAAAUUGUGUCAUUACACAGUUGCUACAUUUAAUUAGGGGUAAGCAAUGUGAAAAAAAUAUUUUUUGACUUUUUGUACCAAUUGAAAAACUAAUCAUAACUUAUGUUACAUGUUUUCAUCAAGGUUGAGAAAUUAGACAUAAAAGAUGUCUAGAGGAGACGAAGACAUCAAAAUUAGCAUGCUGCAUGCUGAUGAUGGAGGAAAUGAUGCGUAUGAACCAAAACAUGAUGAGGGGGAUGCUGAUGGUCAAACUGUGGACAAGACUAAAGGCACACCAAAGGUGAGGAAUAUGUUCUUUGAUGAUGGGGUGCGGAGGAUUGAUUUCAUCCUGGCCUGGAGCACACAGGUCAACAAGAAAACUGAAAGGGCCAAAGAUGCCAGGCUAGCCUUUGAGAAGAAUUUGAAGCUGGAGGGUCUGGAGUUGGAAUAUGAUUUGAGAGGCAACGAUGUCCAUUUUUUGAAGGUUCAUGCCCCAUUCAAUGUCUUGACGAGAUAUGCAGAUAUUCUCAAACUGCGCAUGCCAAUGAGGGAGGCACUUGCUGAACAGCACAUUAAAGAAAGCCAUUGGGAGGCCCCCACCCCUACUGUGGGUACCAAGUUGUGGGACACAACAGUCAGGCUUGUCAGGAAGUUUUUUGUUCCGUUCCACUACAACGAGAAAGUUUUGCCUCCACUGCCACGCACCUACACCUGCUCCUAUUCUGCCAGUAGGGAAUAUUUGUUUGACUUGGAUAAAAACAAGUACUUCAGUAACUCAGUCAGGAGCUGGAUUGUGGAUUAUAUUUUGAGGAGGAAGUCCUUUACUGACAGUAAAACGGAAAACUUUGCCUUUGGUGUCAAAAAAAUGAUAGCAGAUGGCUACUACACAGCUGCCUAUCCAUUGCAUGAGGGCCACUGGAAGGCAGGCUCAGCAGAUAAUCCACGCAAGGUUUUGUUUGACCACUGGGCUAAUUGGAAAAACUGUUUGAAGUUUCAGCCUGUAGAUUACAUCAGGCUGUACUUUGGUGAGAAAAUUGCCUUAUACUUUGCUUGGCUUGGCUUCUACACCACCAUGCUGGUCCCUGCCACUGUGGUAGGACUGGCAGUGUUCAUAUAUGGGCUUGCCAUUAUGUAUACCAAUGUAGCAAGCAAGGAGCUGUGUGAUACCUCCAACAACAUAACCAUGUGCCCCCUGUGUGAUGCUCGCUGCCCCUACUGGAAGCUCAGUGAUGCCUGUUCUCAUGCGAGGGCCAGCAGGAUAUUUGACAAUGGAGCCACUGUGUUCUUUGCCAUUUUCAUGUCACUUUGGGGUACUUUAUUUUUGGAGUUUUGGAAGAGAAAGGAAGCAACCAUCCAGUACAAAUGGGACCUAACUACAUUUGUACAAGAAGAGGAACCCCCCAGGCCUGAAUACCUCUCCAAACUUGAGAACUGGAGCGCCAUGAAGAUUAAUCCUAUCACUGGGAUCAAAGAGCCUCACCUUCCUUUCUGGCGCAGACGUUUUCCCAUUUUCUUGACCUCAUAUUCAAUUAUGUUGUUUUUGGCUGCUGUUGCUGUGACUGCUGUGAUUGGUGUUAUAGCCUACAGGGUGUCAAUGCUAGCUGCUCUACAACUGCUGCCCAAGCAAGUCUCAAGCAACUCCACUGUUGUUAAAUCAACUGCUGGCCUCAUUUAUGAGAAUGCCAGUUUGGUGACAACUGUAACAGCUGCCCUCAUUAAUUUGGCCAUUAUCAUUAUUCUCAAUUUGGUUUAUGGCUACUUGGCCUUCUGGCUAACAGACUGGGAAUGCCUGAGGACUCAGAGUGAAUAUGACAACAGCAUCACCAUCAAGCUGUUUGCCCUGCAGUUUGUUAACUACUUUUGCUCCAUCUUUUACAUUGCCUUUUUCAAAGGACAAUUUGUCGGCAGACCAGGAAAAUAUAGGACAAUAUUUGGAGGUCGGCAGGAAGAGUGUGAGGCUGGUGGCUGUCUGAUUGAGCUUUGUAUACAACUGGCCAUCAUCAUGGUGGGAAAACAACUUAUCCAAAACAACUUGAUAGAAAUUGUUGUCCCGAAGGUAAUAAAUCUGAUCAAGAGGAAACUGUCAAAAGAAACCAGAGAACAAAAGCUGGCCAAAACAGCCUGGGAGAAAGACUACAUCUUGGCCCCUGCUGAGUCCAUGUCACUCUUCUAUGAGUAUCUGGAAAUGGCCCUACAGUUUGGGUUCCUGACAAUAUUCUGUGCUGCCUUCCCACUGGCUCCCCUGUUUGCCCUAAUCAACAACAUAAUUGAGAUCAGGGUAGAUGCCAACAAGUUCACUACACACUUGAGGCGGCCCCUAGCUGAAAAGUCUGCUAAUAUUGGUAUAUGGUACAGUGUUCUCUAUGGUAUCUCCAGGAUUGCUAUUAUCUCAAAUGCCUUUAUCAUAGCGCUGACAUCUGAGUUUAUCCCGCGCCUGGUCUACACGUCACGCUACAGUGAAGAUGGAACUUUGAGUGGCUAUGUCAACUUCACCAUGGCAUAUUUUAACACCUCAGACUUUGCUGUGGAGGAUAGACCAAAGGAUUUGACUCAUGGAGUCGUGAACAUUUGCAGAUUUAAAGACUUCCGUAAUCCUCCGUGGGAGGAUACAGAAUAUCGCAGGUCUACUGUCUUCUGGCAUGUUUUAGCAGCAAGGCUUGCUUUUGUUGUUGUCUUUGAGAAUGUGGUUGUGGUGAUCACAAGUCUGAUGUCCUGGCUGAUCCCAGAUGUACCAGUCCUGCUGAAGGAACAGAUCCACAGAGAGGCUUACAUCACCAAUGAGAUCGUCUUGAAAAAUGAGCUCAAGAGGGCCCACGGGGAAGACAUUUUGACAACCCCGGAGGACACGGAUGGGGAGGAGCAUUACUCCCCUCAUCACAGUGAUGAUGUGGAGAUGUAUUCGAGAAAACCAGACAGGCGAGCAGACACAACGUACAUUUAGUUCCAGAUCAUCUUAUCAUACAAAUAUUUUUGGAUAUUUUUCUCACAGGUGCUUUAUCUAUACAAUAAUACAGAAACUUAUUUCUAGACAUUUUUAUACUUUAAAAGAAAGCUGAUAUUUACAAACAAUAUUUGAAAAGAUAAUUUUAUCAUAUCCUCAUUGAAUUCCCCUAUUGUGAUUUUUUAAAGCCUUCUCCUCCCAGUUUUUUUACUGUUUGUUUAAUUUCUGUAGUAUAUUUUAUACUAGUGCAAGAUCUUCUAAUAUCUUCUGUAAAUGCUAGAACAAAAAAAAAUGUUAAGAAUGCCUUCCAUUAUAAUGUUUGUUAGAGUUAUGUUUAAAUGCUAUAUAACUUCAACAAUUGUUGUGAAAUGCAAGUCAUAUGCACAAUUUUUAAAAGGUUUAAUUUAAAUUUUAAACUAGAAAAUGUGAUCUAAAUAUAAUGCUUUUUUCUAUUAGCCAUAGCAUCAUAACC